AUGGCGGACGCAUUAUCCAUCGAACAAAACAACAAGAUCCGCGUGGCUCUGGGCCUAAAGCCACUGCCCGUCCCCGGAGCCGAGUCCGCAGACGCCACCGGUCCGCAGUUCAAAGACGAUGCGAGCGGCUCAGACUCUGAUGAGGAGCCCGCUAGCACGGUUGAAACCCGACAAGCGCAGGGCUACGACAACUGGAAGAAACUCCAGGAUGAAGCUGACGCAAAGCGCAAACGGGAGGAAAAGAAUGCGGCUAUCAAGAAAGCGCGCGAAAUCGCGCAACGAAAUUUGCAACUUCAAGGUCAAACGCUCGGUGAGGCCGAGGAUGGUGAACUGGAUACCAAGACAUGGUUGAUGCAGUCCAAGAAACGCUCGAAAAGAAUCGAAAAGGAGCGGGCGCGCAGAUUAGCCGAGGAACUUGAGGAGCGCGAGCGGGCAGCGGCAGCGGAAUACACUGCGGAAGAUCUGGCUGGGAUCAAGGUCGGACAUGCGAUGGGUGACUUUGAGGGGGGCGAGGAACAUAUCCUGACAUUGAAAGACACCGCCGUGGACGAUGAUGAGGCGGGCGAUGAACUUGAGGAUGUCCAUCUGGUUGAAAAAGACAAGACUGCGGAGAAGCUUGAACUCAAGAAGCGCAAGCCCGUGUACGACCCCACAGCGGAGAAUCAGGGAAUACUCGCUCAAUACGACGAAGAGAUUGAAGGGAAGAAGCGAAAGAGAUUUACACUGGAUGCCAAGGGCUCAACCGAGGAGGAACGACAGGCCAAACGGCAAGAGGUCUCGGCGGGCUUGAAGAAAGGUGUCUUCAAUCUCGAUCUUGGGGAGCCAGAGGUCCAGACCUCGGAUUACAUGGACAUCAGUGAGGUUAAGAUCAAGAAGCCAAAGAAGAAAAAGAAUAAGACGACGAAACAGCGGGUGCCGUUUGACGACGAGGGCCUGCUUCCCGAUUCGGAAACUGCAAGCACUCCCAACGGAGCGCCCAUGGAUAUCGAUUCAUCAAAUGGAGUUGCAGUUGCGCCGGUCCGGAAACCUCUCAAUGAGGAUGUCUCGUUUGCAGACGAUGAUGACCUACAAGCAUCGCUUGCCCUCCAACGUCGAGCUGCUUUCAAAAAGCGAAAGAAGAUGCGCCCUGAAGACCUCGCACGGCAACUUCGCGAGGAGCAAUCUCAAAUGCCCAUGGAAACUGAUCAACCUGAAAACGGUGCAGACGAACCGGGCCUAGUCAUUGACGAGACCUCUGAAUUUGUUUCCAACCUACAGAAGCCUACAUUGCCCGAGCGAGAAGAGCGGCGAAAAUCAACGCCAUCAGCAGAUGUCCACGUCAAGUCCGAGCCAGACGAGGAGCGGGAAGACGUGGACAUGGAGCGAAGCUACAAUGAUAUCGAAGAUGAAGAGGAUCUCAAAGAACGUCUGAAACGCGAGACCUCGAGCCAGGUCCCACAAGAUCUUACCGUCACAGGUCUGGAAGAGGAAAGUACGUUGGAUCAAGGUCUUGGAGCGGCCGUCACGAUGUUGCGACAGCGUGGUGUUGUCAAGGGUCUCGACGGUACCAGUGCAAACGCUCUAUUUCGCGAUCGCCAGCGUUUCUUGCAAGAGAAGCAAAAACGGGAGUCCGAGGCCGAGCGCCGUGCCCGCUUGCAGCGUGAGCGUGACCGUGCCUCGGGUAAGCUCGAUCGCAUGUCUGCACGCGAGCGCGAAGAGCACGCUCGCUGGGAAAAUAAGCAGCGUGAUCAACAGGAGGCUCGCCAGAUGGCUGAGAUCUUCAACAAGGAAUACAAACCCGAUGUGCAGCUCAAGUACACUGACGAAUUCGGCCGCUCAUUGAACCAGAAGGAAGCAUUCAAGCACCUGAGUCACCAGUUCCACGGAAAGGGCAGUGGCAAGAUGAAGACGGAGAAGCGUCUCAAGAAGAUCGAAGAGGAGAAGAAGCGAGAGGCCAUGUCUGCGUUGGACAGCAGUCUGCAGACUGGCAUGAACAACGCCAUGGGCCAACAAGCGCGAAAGAAUCGUCAGGCUGGCGUUCGGCUGGGCUGA